AUAGAGUAACACAUAGUUAUAAAACCAAACGAUUCGCAACUAAAAUCAGUAUCUCUUCCGUCUGGCUGUUUUGAGCUAAAUGACAAUUUAUCAUGUGAUUUUCUCCAUAGAUAACUGAUAAAAUAAAUCCAAAGCGUGAGGAGUAUCUCUGUGAAGUAAUUUAAAAGAAAAACCACAUUGAAAUUGUGUACAGUUACAGUUUAUUUGUUGUUUUUACAUCAAUUACAAAUUACAUUGUGCAAAAAGAAGUUUGUAAAAAUAGUGAAGACUUUUUAAAAAAAUGGUUAAAAAUGAUGAUAAAAUUCGGCUGCUGCCAGCCAAUGGCUCAGCUAAGAAGAAUUAUGAUAGUAUAACGCCACUCAGCACAGAGGUCAUAUCGGAUUCGAAUCACACAAAGACACCAACCAACUAUGGAAGUGUAAGAUAUAAUAGAUGCGGUGAAAAGCUAAGCUAUACAUGGACGAAUAUCGAUGUAUUUGGCGAAGCACAAAAUGUAAAAAUUUCAUCAGAGAUGGGCGUAUCAUAUUCGUCAACAUUUUUAUCGAGAAUGAAAUCGUGUUUUGAUCGCGACUAUCAACACAUUCCACGGCCCAGAAAACAUCUAUUGAAAAAUGUUUCCGGAGUUGCGUUCGCUGGCGAAAUAUUGGCAGUUAUGGGGAGCAGUGGAGCUGGAAAAACAACGUUGCUAAAUUCAUUGGCAUUUCGAUCGCCAGCUGGAGUCUCGGUUUCGCAUUCAGCUGUACGUGCUUUGAAUGGAAUUCCAGUGAAUGCAAAACAGUUGCGAUCAAGAUGUGCGUACAUUCAACAAGACGAUCUUUUCAUUGGAUCUCUAACGGCCCGUGAACACUUGAUAUUUCAGGCGUUGCUUCGAUUGGAUCGUCGAAUGCCAUACAAGGAAAAAAUGCAAAAAGUUGAUCAAGUCAUAGCGGAUUUAUCGUUAACCAAAUGCCAAAAUACGAUUAUUGGAGUUACGGGACGCAUAAAAGGACUAUCGGGUGGUGAGCGAAAACGACUUUCAUUCGCUUCAGAAGCAUUAACCGAUCCAAAUCUUUUGCUGUGUGAUGAGCCAACAUCGGGUUUGGAUUCAUUUAUGGCGCAUAAUGUGUUGCAAGUUUUGAAAAAUUUGGCCGAAAAAGACAAGACGAUCAUUCUAACAAUUCAUCAGCCUUCGUCCGAAAUUUUCGGCAUGUUUGAUAAGUUACUUUUAAUGGCAAAUGGUCGUGUAGCCUUUCUGGGCACACCCAAUGAAUCCAAUGAUUUUUUUGCAUCACUUCAAGCACCAUGCCCAACAAACUAUAAUCCAGCCGAUUUUUUCGUUGAACGUCUCGCUGUUGUGCCUGGGAAAGAGGAUGAGAGUCAUGACACGAUUCGCAAAAUUUGCGAUGCUUUCGCCGUUAGUGAAUAUCAAACGAAAAUCAACGAUGAAAUUAAUAAAUUGCAAUCAAAUUCGAAUGCAUUGAAAUGGACGAACGGUAGCAAUGGAAAUGGCGUUGAAGGUUAUCGCGUUUCAUGGUGGGCUCAAUUUCGUGCAAUUCUAUGGCGAUCAUGGCUUACGGUUCUAAAAGAACCACUUCUUGUUCGCGUCAGACUUCUUCAAACGGUGUUGGUCGCUCUUGUUGUCGGCGUCAUUUUUUAUGGCCAAGAGCUAACACAGGACGGUGUUAUGAAUAUCAACGGAGCCAUUUUUCUAUUUCUAACAAAUAUGACAUUUCAAAAUGUAUUCUCUGUUGCCAAUGUAUUUUGUGCUGAAUUGCCGGUAUUUUUGAGAGAACAUCGUAGUCGUUUGUAUCGAACUGAUGCAUACUUUCUUGGAAAAUCACUAUCUGAAUUUCCACUGUUUAUGCUUGUGCCAGUUAUUUUCACGUCUAUAGCAUAUCCUAUGAUUGGGUUAAGACCUACGUAUACUAAUUUUGCUAUAGCUCUUGCCAUUGUUGUUUUAGUUGCAAAUGUUUCAACGUCCUUUGGUUAUUUGAUAUCUUGUUGCAGUUCUUCGAUUUCGAUGGCAUUGUCAAUUGGACCACCACUUAUAAUUCCAUUCUUGUUAUUCGGAGGAUUCUUUUUGAAUAGUGGCUCGGUUCCAGUCUAUUUCAAAUGGCUUUCAUAUCUGUCUUGGUUUCGCUAUGGGAACGAAGCACUUUUGAUCAAUCAAUGGGGCGAUGUUGGACCGGGUGAAAUUAAAUGCAACCGUUUGAAUGCAACAUGUCCAGCAGAUGGCCGUGUUGUAUUACAAAUUCUCAAUUUUGAUGUGAAUGACUUCGUCUAUGAUUUUAUUGGUUUGGCCGCUUUGAUCAUUGGCUUUCGUUUCUUUGCUUUCAUUGCAUUGGUUUUUCGAGCCAGAAGCAAAGAAUAACUUGAUGUUGUAAUCAUACAUUAUUCUUAAUCAGUUUUACUGUAAAUAUUUUUAUUUUCAUUUUCCACAAAAUUUCUCUGUAAUUUUCAAAUGUUUUGAAUAUUAAACUAACGGAUUCACUAAAAGUA